GUAGCGGUAAGUUUGAUAAGCAUAACUUGAAUUAGUAUCGAAUGUCUGUUUCAAGGAAUACAAACACAAUAGAUAUGAAUUAAGGACAGAUCACAGCCUGCAAAUAUGAAUAAGGAACUUUUUACCAAAAUAAUUACAUUGCUGAAGAGAAGAGGAUUUGUGCAGCUCGUAAAGCAGGACCUAUCAACACCUAUGUACAGCUAUGGACCAGCUGGCACACUGUUGAGAAGAAACAUAGCACAAUGUUGGUGGGAAUGGAUGAUCACAUCCCAGGAAAACACCUUCCCUGUGGAGAGUACAGAUAGUGAAGAUUCCACUUGGGACUACUUCUUGGAAAUUUCCAAACAGCUUGAGUGGAGCCUUCCUUUCUCCAUCACCCAGAGUAGGAGCUACGUCCACACACCUGCUGACAGACACACAGACAAAUUCUUGUUCAAUUCCUGUAAGAAGACAAGCCUUGUGAUGCAGAACUUCUGUCAGGCCACUGCUGUCACCCAAACAUUAGACUCCGCCAUCAGAACACGCCUCAAGUGGUGGAAACAGUUCUCUGGAAAUCCAGCUAAGUUUUCAGCAACAGACAUAGAAAAAACUGAAACAGGCUAUCAUUCAAACAUACAGUACUCAUUUCCCUGGGGAGUAGAUGAUGUGGAGACGGUGACCAGCCUGGGAGACGCCCCACUACAGCCCUACAGGGAAACAUUGCUGUCAGAACAUCAAUUUGUCAAUGGCAAGAAGAAGAGUCUCCCCUCUGUGGUUGAGUGUAAUGCCAUUUUAGAGCAAGGCUUUCUGGCUUUCCUGUUGGAUGCUUAUCCAGGAUACCAGGGAUCAUCAAACAAUGGCACCAACGAAUCUUUUUGCCUGCAACUCCAUCCUAGACUUACCCCUUACAAGAUUGCCGUCUGUUAUCAAGGUGACAAGUGCAGUGUCCUUCAGCAGCUAGCUGCUAAUAUAGGAAAAGAUUUAAGACAGGCAGGAAUAAUAACAUUGAACCAGGUGUCUAACUCUUCUCUGGACAAAAAGAUAUCACAGUGA